CUAAAAUAGGCUCUCUCUCCAGCUCCAACUACUAAGAUAGUCUCGAUUUCCAGCCUCUUCGAAGUAUGGGAGGGCGUGGCCAGACUACUACUAAGAUGGAUAUUCCAGAGACUAUGAAGUGUGUCCGUUGCCAUGCUCCUGGUGACUAUCGUGUUGAGGAGGUGGGUGUGCCUGAGGUGGGGGAGGGGGAACUGCUCGUCAAGGUCCUCGCUGUCGGCAUAUGUGCUGGAGAUGCUAAAUGCUUUGCUGGAGCUCCUUAUUACUGGGGUAACAGUGAUCGUGCGUGCUACAUCCAACCACCCGUUAUACCAGGUCAUGAGUUUGCAGGGGAGGUGGUCAGACUGGGGGAAGGCUCUGCUGAGAAGUACGGACUGGCAGUUGGUGAUCAUGCCAUAGCUGAACAGAUUGUGCCAUGUUGGGACUGUCACUACUGCAAGAACGGCCACUACAACCUCUGUAUCCCCCAUGAUGUCUUUGGAUGGAGACAAAAGACUCAAGGCGGUAUGGCUGUGUACAUGAAGUACCCCAAGGGAUCUAUCGUGCAUAAAAUCCCUCCGUCUAUUCCUGGCUGGCAGACGCCCUUCAUUGAGCCAUUAGCAUGCUCUGUACAUGCUGUGAACCUAGGGGAGAUACAGAGAGGGGACGUGGUGGUGGUGAGUGGGUGUGGUCCCCUUGGACUAGGAAUGGUGGCAGCUGCAAAACUAAAGUCUCCAAAAACCCUCAUAGCACUUGACCUUUACGACUGGAAGCUUGAGGUAGCUAAGAGCUGUGGUGCUGACCUAGUGUUCAACCCUCGUCAAUGCAAUGUGGUGAAGGAGGUGGUUUCCCUAACGGAGGGGCGUGGUUGUGAUAUCUAUAUAGAGUCUACAGGGCAUGGGGAGUCAGUGAGGCAAGGUCUGACCAUGGUACGGCCUCGGGGGAGACUAGUGGAGUAUGGAGUAUUUGGUGGAGAUGUUAGCCUGGACUGGAGCCUCUCCUCAAGGAAGGGUGAGGUAGAGUGUAACAUGAGCACUAACUACACUAUGUCUUAUUACACAGAGAUCACAAUAGUUGGUGGACACCUUGGCCCAGGCUGCUACCCUCAGGCUAUCUCCAUGCUUGAGAGUGGGGCCCUACCUAUUGAGAAGGUGAUCACACACCAGCUGGACAUGACAGACGUGGUGGAGGGGAUAAAGAUGGUCACUGACUCAAGCAAAUCCAUUAAGAUCAUCCUACUGCCAAACUUUUGAUGGAACUUUUCUUUAUAAAUUAUUGUGAUUAUUUAUUAUAAAUUUUGGAAUCUUUGACACCUCAGGAUCGUGCAAUGACUGUUGAACAAUAAUAUCAAAAAAUUAA